UUUACUCUGACAAAUGUGACUUCCGCUGGGGUCCUUUGGAAAUCCCUUAUGAGUUGCUGUAUUUCUUCAGCCAAAUUCAGGUGGCUAACGUGAGUUAGUUCUGCCGUAGAUGCUAUCGAAAAAAACGUGGACGUUUGGAAAUUGGUCAUUUAGUUAACAUAUGAUAGAAAACGUCAUUAGAAUGAAUGGGGCAGCAUACUCAAACUUUGACAAUCAAGAACAUGUCCUCAAAUUAGGCGAAACUUUCGAGAAACAACCAAAAAGUGCUUUCCAUACGGUACGAUAUGACUUCAAACCAGCAUCAAUAGACACAACAUGUGAGGGGGAUCUGGAAGUUGGAAAGGGAGAACAAGUCACUAUAACAUUGCCUAACUUGGAGGGAUCCACUGCUCCAGUUACAGUGUUUAAAGGGUCCAAAAGGCCUUAUAUGAAGGAGUGCAUUCUUAUUGUAAACCAUGACACAGGAGAAUAUCGUCUGGAGAAGCUUAGUAGCAAUAUAUCGGUCAAAAAGACAAGAGCGGAGGGCAGCAGUAAGAUCCAGUCACGUCUGGAGCAGCAGACCACUAGGCUCAGUCAGCAAAUGAAGAGUGGCAAUGGAGGGAAAGCCCCAAACAAUUCCAAGAGCUCCCCUGCUAAAGAAAAAAUGUCUCCUGCUUCCCCCAUGGAUGACAUUGAGAGAGAAUUGAUGGCUGAGGCACGAGUGAUGGAUCAGAUGAGCAGCGGCGAAAGCUCCUCGGACUCUCGAAGCUCCUCCUCAUCUAGCAGUGAGGACAGCUCGAGCAGCAGCGAUUCUGAAGACGAAACUCAGCCUUCGUCAGGCAGAUCUCACACAGUGCCUGUGUCCACCCACAGCAUGCCCAUCCUCACCUCGCAGGAGCGCUCGGAGGAGGGCGGUGGACACCUCAUGAACACACUCAAAAAUGAUCUUCAGCUGAGUGAAUCUGGCAGUGAGAGUGAUGAUGACUGAGAGGACUUAAGGUACACUCCUUGUCAUGGAACUGAGAGCUGGGGAGCUGAGGUUAUCAGGACCUGCCCGGUCACUUACACUGUGAUAUGGGGAUUUUUAAUCAUCUAUCAACCUUUAAUUAUUAAGCAUUUUCUUUCUUCAGAGCAGCAGUGUUCUGUCACCCCCGACAUACUGUGUGGUUGACCGUUUAAAAGCUGUGAAAAAUUUCUAUGAAUUUAAUUAUUUAUUUUCUUAAAUGAAACUGUGUAGAACCCGUUUCUAAAGGUUCUGGGCCCCCCCCCCCC